UACCACUUUCUCAUUUUUACUCAUUUUACCCUAAACUCAUACACACACAUUUAGAGAGAGAAAGAGAGACGGAGAGAGAAACCGAUGAAAGGAAGAGGAAGCCAAUCACCCCAACCCGAUGAAGGUGAUGAUGGCGACGACUCCGACAACCAGAUUGGCAACGAUGGCGGCUAGGGUUCCAGUUUGGGGGUUUUGAAACACGCAGCCGGAAUUAACAGUUCAUGACUCAUUUCGCCGUUGCCUAAGUCGCUCAAGAAUCAAAUCUUCAAUUGAAGUAUUAUUGGCCCUAAAUGGUUCUCGAAUAUUAGCGACGCACAUAGCCACCGGCUGCCCGGUAAAUGAUGGAAGAUGGUGAUGCUUGGUCAAAGUUGGAGUGUUAGUGACCUUAUUCAUUCACCACAUGAACAUCAGCUUUCUCAAUCAACUGUUUGCAUUGAUUUAGAGUGUUUGGCUUUUUUUCAACUUCUUUUACUGUUCAAAGCUAAUGGUGGAGAAUGGAGCCCCACCUGUGGUAAUGGUAGCAAACAAGGAUGAAAUUAUGACAAAGGUGGAUGCUAACAUCCACAAUGUUAUGGAAAUGGACGUCGAAGCAACCGAGAAGCCAUCAGAAUCAAGUCCCAUGACAACAGUUGCACUGCAAGAACAAAAGAAUGCAUCAACAUCAGCAGGGCUUGAUUAUCUAGUUAGCGAAUCAUCUUCUUACAAGUGUAUACCAGCAGAAAAAACAGAAGAAAAUCAUCUAUCGUUUAAUUUAAAUGACCAAAUUGCCCCUCUAGAGUUCCAUGUGGAAAGUGGUAUCGAAGCAGCUCCUAACAUUGAACAUCAAUUCAUAUCAAGCUUUCCUUCACAUCAAAUGGGGACGUAUGAAAACUCAAAUUUACAGAUUCACCAGUCGUCGUUAAGAAACGGGUUGGAAGAAAUAUCCAUCGGCUUGCAGUUGAGUGAACCUGAACUGAAGAGACGAAAGCAAUAUGAUGAAGAUGCCUAAGUUGUGGAAUGAAUCUGUAAGUAUCUCUAAGUUUUGUAUUCAUUGGUUUAUAUUUUUUGGCCCUGGCAUGAUUUGGGUGCUAAGGUUGCUUACCACUAGUGUUUAGAUAAAACAAUGGCUAAAGUUAUAAAUAUAUGUACAUUUUAGUCCUAUGUUGUUCAAAAUGUACUCUAUUGCAAGUAUUGAUGAUCAAUAAAACAAACAGUUUAUCGUUGUU